AAAAAAGAUGAAGAGAUUCAGAAAUUGAAAUUAAUAGAAACACAGCUCAGAGAAUCACUUGAAGAAAAGGAAAAACAAUUGGCCGAGACAACAAAAACAGUUGAUGAGUUAAGUUCUGAAUUAGCUUUAAAAGUUGACGAAUUGUGUCAAGAAACUUUAAAAAAUGAAGAAUUAGUUUUUGUUGUGGCAGAGCAAAAAGGAAAACUUGAAGAAAUGGAGAAAUAUAAAACACAAGUGAAGCAAAUGGAAGAUUUAGUUGAAAGAAUUAAACUAAAAGAAACAGAGAAUGCUGUUUACAAACAAGACUUUGAAACUGAAAGAAACGACAGACAAAGGAUACAUAUUGAAUAUGAAGAACUAAAGCUGAAAUUUGAAGAACUUAAAUCAAGCCAUGAACAAUUGACUGAAUUGAAGUCUAAGCAACAAUCA